AUGCUCGCGUCGGCGGCUCGUGGGAGCAGCUCCCGCCGCGGCGGUCGCGCCGUGGCCUCUCCAGACCAAGGCGCCCUGCGCAGGAACGUGCUCCGGCGCGCGGCGCGAGCGCCGUUCACGGAGGAGGCUGCGCGAUCUCCGGCGGACGCAGAGAAGUCUUUCCUGCCCGACUUUGGGGGCUCGCCCGUGAAGAAGAGCGAGCUCUACUCGUCGACUUUGUCUCUGGAGGAAGUGAGUCUGGCGUCCACCGAGUGCCUCGCCUCCGUGCCGUCGUCCGCCGACCACUCCGAUGCCGAAUGCGGCUCCACGACGGGCCCGGAGCCGCGCGCGGCCGCGGCGCCGCGCGGCCGCGUCGCCGAGGAGGCCUGGGCGCAGGCGACGCAGGCAGAAGUUGAGCGGUUCUCAGCGGAGUCCGUCGCUUCGUCUUCGCUGACGUCCGUCUCGCCCGCAGAGCCUCCGCAGACGGCGCGGCCAGGUGUCUCCUCCUCGGACAUCCUGAUGCAGGGCCGAUUCCAGUGCCAGUCAACUCGAAACCCCUUCCUCGCCCUCCAGAGCGCCGCCUCCGCGCCGUCGCGGCCCGCGGCCUCCAUGUCGUUCUCCUCCUUCCGCCAGGCGACGACCACCUCAAACUCCGCUUCGACACCGAGUUCCUCUGCGGCGCCUCAUUUGGGCCGCUCAGCCUCGCUGGCGACGCUGCCUCUCUCUGGCGCGUCGGCGCAGAGCGCGUCCCCAAACUCGGCGGUCUCACACGUCCUCCCGAGUUUCCAGUCGCAGUCCUCGUUCCCCAGCGCGCAGAGCGUGCGAAGCGCAGAGACGGCGGCAGUUCAGAGAACUGCGUCGUUCGCCGCAGAGGCGAAAGCAGAAGCCGCGCCGCCGGCGCCGGCCGUGUCGGCAGACGCGGCAGCUGUACGUACACAGCAGAAACCGAGGCAAAUGAAAAAGAAACCUCGAUUCGUCAGAGCCUGUCCCGCGGCUCUCGCGCGACGGGAAAUUCCAACCAAACCUACUGGCCCUCUCGCUCCUAAUCUUCUCUACAAGUACCGCUGCCCGGGCGGUCAGGGAAUCCAAGUUCCUGCGUUGCGCAUGGAGUCUGCGCCGACUAAGUUGAGCAAUUGGCGGGUGUCCUGGCAGGAGCUUCUCUGCUACAACCCGCGGUCGUACGGGGCCACUCCUCUUUUCAAGGAAAACUAUGUUGUCAUGCGCGCCGGCCUCGAAAACUACAUCUCCAACAUCACCGAUAUCGUUUUUGUGGACCGGAACUCCGCGCAUCAGAAUCCCGCCUAUGUGUAUCACGCCUACCUCGUGCCGCCUGUCACUCCGCACGACUACUCGACGGCCGCAUGCAUUCAGUGCUACACGAGCGACGACAGCUGGCUCGCGCGCGGCGCCUGGAAGCGCGAGGUGCGGAAGAAGGGGACGGUUGAGACUAUGCAGCCUGCGAAUCCGCUCGUUUUGCCGUUCGCCCCGCCCGAGGGCUCCGAGGAGACGAACGCGCAGCACUUCCGCUUUCGAAGCAAGGCUGCGCAUCCACUCUACGGCACGCAGGCCGUGGCGCACGCGCAGAAUGCGAAGAAGAAAUUGCCUCUGCAUCUUUGGGUCUUUUUGUCUGGCAAAGAUAUGCAAGCGCUAGAUGGCAUUGUGUUGACGUGGAAGUUUCUUCGCUUUGCGUCCGAGAUUCCGCCGGGCGAGUUCGUUGAGGGCCCCGGCGAGGCGACGGCGCCCACGAAGGAGGGUGCGAUGGGCGCUCGCUUCUGGGGGGCGAACCGCGCUUCCGGUCAGGGUCAGUAUCACCAGUACCACUCUGCGGGAAGAAACCCCGCGCAGGACCAAACUGUGGACGCGGCCGGCGCAGCGCCACAGAGCACAAACGGCCCGCGCUCCUUCUCUCCGUUUGGUCCCUUCAUCUACGACACGAAGGGAGUCGAGGAGGAAAAGAAGUACCGCGUGUCUUUCCUGAUGGUUGACAUUCCGGGCUACGGCAACUCCUCGGGACACCCUUCGCCCGACACUAUCCGCAGCAACGUGCUUCAGGCCGUGAAGCACGCGUUGAUGGAGCUCGUAGAGCACCACGAGGAAGACGACAUCGUGGUGAACAUCCUCGGCUACUCGUUGGGGUGCGCAGUUGCGCUGUCGCUGGCGGCGGACCUAGCUGAAUGCAUCGCGAAGGACGUUGCGCGCGCGCAGCCAGCACGGGCGGACUCGAACGCAUCCUUCGGCGCCUCUGGGCGGAUCGCCACUGCCUCACAGGCCUGGGAAGAGAAGCUGAAGGCCGCCAAGUGGGACGAGCGGCCGCCGAGCGGGAACAACGGCAAAGUCCACUCAGGCAUCUCGUUCGACGACUCGAACCUAACCUUCAGAGACACCUGCAACCUGACCAUGUUCGAGGAGAACGGAAGGCCGCACGUCGUCCCGCUCGACACCGAGUUCGCCAGUGAACCGCAGAAAACACAGGGUCUGCGCCUCGGGAUCAACCGCCUCGUGCUGCUGGCGCCCUUCACAUCCAUCCAGGCAAUGGCUGGGCGCGUUGCAGCCGCGACAGUUGGAGGCGGCGGGCUCAUCAGUCGAGCCGCGAGCGCCCUCGUCAGUCGCCAAAUCAACUGGGACAACGAAGUCUCUAUGAAGCGCCUCUUCGAGUCCAUGUACAAAAUCCAAUCGACCUCGCAAGCGGACGUCUUCCGGAACUUCCGGUUGUAUAUCCAGCACGGAGACCACGACAACGUGAUUCCGUGGACGAUGGGGUACGAGCUCUUUUCCCUCGCCAAGUCCCUCCGCUCUGCGUACAACAUGUCCCACAUUCCCCUCAAGUUUGACAAGAUGCCGGGCGAGACGCACGCGACUAUUUUGUCUGGUCAGAGCGAGAUGACGCUGCUCGAGAACUGCUUCGCGCCCUACCGCUUGCAUCCCGCGGCGCCGCUCGCGCUCCUCAAGUUCUACUCGCGCGUCACGCACCUCCCUGCCAUGGGCGUCCCCCCGCGCUCCACGACUCAAACGCAGGCUCAGCAGGGUCAGUCCACCACCUCCGCGCGCCGUCCCCCGGGGUCAGUACGCGCGGUGGCCUCGAAUUCCGCCGUGUACGUGCGGGCAAACACCGCGGCAGGUGUGUCUUUCAGUUCGCGCGCCGCGUCGUAUUCGACGGUGACCACCGGCGGCAACGCGGGCUGCACUUACAUUGUCAAGGCAGCCGACGGCCGGAGCCGACGGCUUAGAUACUCCAACAGCGACUCCGUCCUCGCGCCAGAAGGCAGCGAGACAUCCCAAGGAACGGGCGAGCCGCCGUCGCCUCAAGAUUCAGGUCCCUCCCCGAUUUCUCAAGCCGCAAGGGCCUCCUCAACAGCUGGCGCUAACGAGUCGUAUUCAGCGGCGUUUGCGGCGAUAUGCGCCUACUCUGCAACCUCGACGCGCCUAACCACUUCUCAGUCUGCCGAUGAACUGUCAAAAUGCUGCUUCGCUCUGCCUUCCAACUCUGGCGCCACGGUGCUGUCCUCAGCGUCGCGCCCAGCCCUCUGCAGAUCGGGCUCGUCCGUCGCCAGCUACACAGCGACGCGAGCGACUCCGACCCCGACCGAGGCCUGUGCGGUGCCGGUGAGCUCGGGCGCGGUCAGCACGGCGUUGCCGCCACUCCCCACGUCGGCGUUGACGCGUUCGCAGACGUCGUUAGUCUCGCAGGGCUCCAUGCUUACGCAGCGUUCGCUCGGGAGUCACGCGAGUAGCGUCUCUCUGCUCUCGACGAUGCACACGGCGCGACCGUCGCUUGUCAGCAGCGGCGCAGUGACGACUAAAACAACGACGUCUGUCGUGUACCGGCGCGCGAAGACACUCGGCGCAGGAUGCUGA